AUGGCAACUGAAACAUUGGUGAGUGUUGUUUGUCUUUCAGCCUUUUGCUUGUCUUCAUUUAUCCAAAUAAAACACUUAAAUUUGGAGAGCCUCUUGUGGACCUGGAAUGUUUUCCUUGGUCGCCUGGUAGGUGCCCUGGACGCGGUGCUGGAUUCCAGUGCACGGGUGGCUCCGUUUCGAAUUCUGCUCCAGGUUCCUGGGUCCCAGGUUUAUUCUCCUAUAGCAUGUGGUGCGACGCUGGAGGAGAUAAGCCAGCACUGGGACUGGCUGGAGCAGAACCUCCUCCACACCUUGUCUGUCUUUGACAACAAAGAGGACAUCGCCAGUUUUGUCAAAGGGAAGGUAAAGGCUCUGAUUGCGGAGGAGACCAGCAGUCGGCUUGCGGAGCAGGAAGAGGAGCCGGAGAAGUUCCGAGAGGCCUUGGUCAAGUUUGAGGCCAGGUUCAACUUCCCCGAGGCAGAGAAGCUGAUCACCUAUUACUCCUGCUGCUGCUGGAAGGGCAGGGUCCCUCGCCAGGGCUGGCUGUACCUCAGCGUCAACCACCUCUGCUUCUACUCCUUCUUCCUGGGCAAGGAGCUUAAACUUGUAAUCCCUUGGGUUGAUAUCCAGAAGUUAGAAAAAACAUCCAACGUCUUUCUGACGGCGACGAUCCGAGUCACCACGCAGAGUAAGGAGCGGGACUUCUCCAUGUUCCUGAACCUCGAGGAGGUGUUCAAGGUCAUGGAGCAGCUGGCCGACGUGACGCUGCGCAGGCUGCUGGAUAACGAGGGCUUCGACCUGGACCCAGACCUGCGGGAGCCCAGCCAGAUCACCAAGAGGGACCUGGAUGCCAGAGCAGAGAAGGAGUUCUUCCGGGCCUUCUUCAGGUUGCCCAGGCAGGAGAAGCUGCACGUGGUCGCCGACUGUUCCCUUUGGACGCCGUUCAGCCGCUGUCACACCGCCGGGCGGAUGUUCGCCUCCGACAGUUACAUCUGCUUUGCCAGCAGGGACGAGGGCUGCUGCCAUGUCAUCCUCCCACUCAGAGAGGUGGUGAGCAUUGAGAAGAUGGAGGACACGAGCCUGCUGCCCAGCCCCAUCAUUGUCAGCAUCCGGAGCAAGACGGCCUUCCAGUUCAUCGAGCUCAAGGACCGAGACACCCUGGUGGAGCAUCUGCUCGGCAGGCUGCAGCAGGUGCACGCUGACCACCCCGUGCGUUACAGCACCUCACAGGAGGACGUCACGGCGCCACACGUCUUUCACUCAGCAAGCAUGUACAGUGAACACAGGUUCGGGGAUCUUGAGAUGGUGUCUUCUCAAAAGAGUGAGGAAAGCGAAGAGAAGAGCCCACAGCUGCACCCCAAGGCCCUGAGCGCCGUCUUGCAGCAGUCGGGCAGCCAGUGCCCUGACUUGCGCAUGUCCAGAGAGCAGAUAAAGAUAAGCCUGUGGAACGACCACUUUGUGGAAUACGGCAGAACCGUGUGUAUGUUUCGCACAGAGAAGAUCCGCAAGCUUGUCACCAUGGGGAUCCCUGAGUCUCUACGUGGCAGACUCUGGCUGCUUUUCUCAGAUGCCGUGACCGAUCUUGCUGCGCAUCCCGGCUACUAUGGUAGCCUGGUGGAGGAGUCCAUGGGGAAACCCAGCCUGGUGACAGAGGAGAUAGAGCGGGACCUGCACCGUUCCUUACCUGAGCACCCCGCCUUCCAGAGUGAGACGGGGAUUGCUGCUUUGAGGAGAGUCCUGACGGCCUAUGCCCACCGGAACCCCAAAAUCGGGUACUGCCAGUCCAUGAACAUCCUGACCUCCGUCCUGCUCCUGUACGCCAAGGAGGAGGAGGCCUUCUGGUUGCUGGUUGCUGUGUGCGAGCGGAUGCUGCCUGACUACUUCAACCACCGGGUCCUUGGGGCCCAGGUGGACCAGUCGGUGUUUGAGGAGCUGGUCAGGGAGCACCUCCCCGAGCUGGCGGAGCACCUGCGCGACCCCGCCGCCCUGGCCUCCGUGUCCCUCUCGUGGUUCCUGACGCUCUUCCUCAGCAUCAUGCCCCUGGAGAGCGCAGUGCACGUGGUCGACUGCUUCUUCUAUGAUGGCAUCAAGGCCGUGUUCCAGCUGGGGCUGGCGGUGCUGGAGGCCAGCGCCCCCGACCUGUGCCGCUGCACAGAUGACGGCCAGGCCCUGAUGAUCCUCAGCAGGUUUCUAGAUCACAUUAAGAAUGAGGACAGCCCUGGAGCCCCAGCUGGCAGCCACCACGCCUUUUUCUCUGAUGACCAGGAGCCCUGCCCGGGGACGGACAUUGCCGACCUGAUCCGGGACUCCUAUGAGAAAUUUGGAGACCAGUCUGUGGAGCAGAUUGAGCGCAUGCGCUGUCGGCACAGGAUCAGGGUUCUCCAGGGCCACGAGGACACCACGAAGCAGAACGUGCUCCGCGUGGUCACCCCAGAGGUCUCAUUUCUGCUCGAAGACCUCGAGGAGCUCUAUGACCUAUUCAAGAGAGAGCACAUGAUGAGCUGUUACUGGGAGCAGCCCAGGCCCGUGGUCUCUCGCCAUGACCCCAGCAGGCCCUACGCAGAGCAGUACCGCAUAGACGGCCAGCAGUUUGCACACCUGUUUCAGCUCGUCUCGCCAUGGACCUGUGGGGCCCACACAGAGAUCCUCGCUGAGAGGACUUUCAGGCUUCUGGAUGACAACAUGGACCAUCUUAUCGAAUUCAAAGCAUUCGUGAGCUGUCUCGAUAUUAUGUACAAUGGAGAAAUGAAUGAGAAAAUUAAACUGCUCUAUAAACUUCACAUUCCUCCAGCACUCACUGAAAAUGACCGAGACAGCCAGUCACCAUUAAAGAAUCCUCUGUUGUCGACCUCCAGACCCCUGGUUUUUGGGAAACCGAAUGGUGAUACAACUGAUUAUCAGAAACAACUAAAGCAGAUGAUUAAGGAUUUAGCCAAAGAAAAAGAUAAAAUUGAGACAGAAUUGCCACAAAUGAGCCAGAGAGAAUUUAUCCAGUUCUGUAAAACUUUGUACAGUAUGUUCCACGAAGAUCCGGAAGAAAACGACUUGUAUCAAGCCAUUGCCACGGUAACCACUCUGCUGCUACAGAUCGGGGAAGUGGGGCAGCGAAGCAGCAGCUCUGGGAGCUGCUCCCAGGACAGUGCGGAGGAGCUGCGGGCCUCGGCUCCUUCUCCCGCACAGGACUCUGUUUUUGUGGACACUGACUCUGGGACGGCUCCCCAGGCAUUUCCUGAAGAGGCAGAAGGGGACUGGACAGUCUCCCUUGAGCACAUUUUAGCUUCACUGCUGACUGAACAGUCAUUAGUAAACUUUUUUGAAAAGCCACUGGACAUUAAAUCCAAACUUGAAAAUGCCAAGAUCAACCAGUACAGUCUCAAAACUUUUGAAAUGAGCAGCCAAUCACAGUCUGAACUCAAGCAAGAUAGUGGUUUGCUGAGCCGAGCCGGCCAUAACAAGGCAAGAACCCCCAUUUCAUGGGUUGUCAGCCCAUAAAUCCAGAUUUCAGUCUAAUGCAUUUUGAGUAUAUUCCACAGUCUGGGUAAGCAACCCGACAGCCCCAGCUGUGGCCAGCAGAACAGAUGCAACCCUCAACAUUUCUAUUUAUUCUUUUAAACUGGUUUUUAAUUUUUUUCAGAGGGAGGCAGGGAAACACUGAUGUUGGUUGCCUCCCAUACGCACCUUGACCCGGGAUCGAACCCGCAACCUUCCGGUGCAUAGGAUGAUGCUCCCACCAACCAAGCCACAGCGGCCAGGUCCAUUUCUUUAUGAGAAUUACCAGUUCCACUUUUAC